AUGGAAAAUAACCCUCGAGGAAUAUAUAAUGGGCCACUAAUCUCUAUAGACGAAGCAUCUUGUUAUGAAACAAUUCCAGAAGUCCCAGUCUACCGUCCUUCAGAAGAGGAAUUUCGCGAUUUCGCUACUUGCAUGGCUCAUAUCGAAGAAAUGGGUGCUCAGCAUAUGGGACUUGUCAAAAUUAUCCCACCCCCUUCCUGGUGUCCUCGGAAAAGCGGUUACCAAGAUGUUGAUUUUAUGGUCGAAAAGCCCAUUCUUCAACUAUCUUCUGGCACACAAGGUAUCUAUCUCCAAGAUGUAAAGGUCCAAAAGAAUAUGACAUUCAAAAAAUACGAGAAAUUCUCUAACUCACCCAAACAUCGAACCCCACCUCAUGCAAGCGUUGAUGAGCUAGAGAAGAUCUACUGGAAUACUAUAAGUAGUAUGCAACCUCUAUACGGUGCUAAUUUGAGCGGAAGCUUGACAGAUGAGGAUCUUCCCAUUUGCAAUAUCCCCCGAUUAUCUUCCAUGUUAAGCGAUGUCUUAGCUGAAGAGGACAUCGAAAUCCGUGGUGUAAAUACGCCUUAUCUCUAUGUUGGAGCCUGGGGAACUACUUUUGCCUGGCACGUUGAGGAUGUGGAACUGUAUUCCAUCAAUUAUAUGCAUUUUGGAGCUCCCAAACUCUGGUAUUGCAUCCCACCCGCUUUUGCUAGAAAAUUUGAGGCCUUCGCUAGAGAACACUUUAAAUCGGAGUUUUUGGCCUGCCGUAGUUUUAUUCGUCACAAAUCUAUUCUUAUUCAUCCAAAGAUUUUAGCUGAGGCUGGAAUUCCUACGCGACGAGCAAUGAAGCCUCUACGACUUCUUUUUUUACUUAAGGUUCUUCAAUAUCCUGGUGACAUAAUGUGCACAUUUCCCUAUGGAUAUCACGCGGGCUUCAACCUAGGAGUUAACUGCGCAGAAUCAACCAAUUUUGCCCUAGAACGAUGGGUUGAGUAUGGUAAACAGGCAUGUAUUUGCCAGUGUUGGGAAAAUACAGUUCGGCUUGAUAUGGAACCAUUUAUUCGACGCUUUCAACCCCAACACUAUGAAGCAUGGAAGAUGGGAGAAAUAACUGCUCCGCAUCCCCUUAAUAUUUACAAACCUCGAAUGACAGUCGAGAAUGAGCAUUCAGGAGGGUCUGAGGGAUUCCCACCGGAAUCAGACUCCUUUGAAGGUAAUUUUCACUUAAUUUUGAUCGACAUCAUGUCCAUAGGGGCAUUAGUAAUUCACUCCUAA